AUGGGUUUCAGAAAAAAUAAAGUGCAUGAGAAUCCACCUUUUUAUAAACUUCACAGUCAAUUCCUUGCUCAAUUAGCUACUUCGAAAAUAAAAAAUAAAGAUAUUAAAAAUACGGAAUUUAAAGAACAUUUAAAUAUUUCCUUACAUUUCCCAAAAUUAAAAAAGUGGAAUUUUUUGUCAACAAAAGUAGAUAGUUAUGUAAGCUUUACGGAGCUUUUAAAAAGUAAUUUGAGCUUCUUUGCUCACAAGAAAAAUCAAAAUGCAUCAAGCAUUGACAAAAUUUUAUUAUCACAAAUGAAAAAAAAUUAA